AUGGACGGUAACUCCUUUGGUCGUCAUCAUCGCAACAACCGUGGAGGUGCAUUUCCAUUCGACCCACAACCUCUCGAAGCAAGCGACGAUUUCUCCGCUCCCUGGCCCGCUCCCGCCAGCGGCAUUGCCGGCGUUUCCCCCGCUUCCGCCUCCGCCGCUGUUUCCAUCUCCCACUUCCUCCCCACUCACUUCAACCCGCCAAAUGCUUCCGCUUUCGGCGCAGUCGCUGGUCCCCCCGCGAACCGUUCUGCUACUGCCGCGCAGCCCUUUAUGAGCAAUGACGCGCAGGUUCCGGUGCCUUCCGCGCCUUACGCGCAUUCUGCGCCUUCCGCGCGUUCCGCGCCUCCUGCGCCUUCCGCGCCUUCCGCGCCGUCGCCGGCAGCUGCGCUUGAGUUCGCGCUGCUUGAAUCGCAGCUGUUGUCCGCAGUGGGGCAGCAAGCGUCGCAGCAAAUGUCGCAGGACGUGUAUGAGCAGUUCGAUCGCCAGGCACCCUUGCAGCGGUCUCGCCUUCAGCCGCAGCAAUUCCAGCAGCAUCAGCAGCAGCAGCAACAGCGGCAGCAAGAACAGCAGCAGCAGCAGCAGCAGCAGCAGAAGCAGCAACAGUUGCUCCAGCAACACAUAUUUCAGCAGCAGCAUCCGCAACAACACUCGCAGCAUCAUCAGCAGCAACAGCGUCAACAGCCGCAGCAGCAGCAGCAGCAGCAGCAGCAGGCGCCAGUAGCGCAUCCAGAGCAAUUGCUUCAGUACAUGGUGCAACAACAGCAAAAUAUUCAAUCAAAGUGGCAGCAGCAGGAGCAGCAGCAGCAGCAACAACAACAACAGCAGCAGCAGCAGCCGCAGCAGCAGCAGGCGCCAGUAGCGUCGGGUCCAGAGCAAUUUCUUCAGUACAUGGUGCAACAACGGCAAAUUAUUCAAUCAAAGUGGCAGCAGCAGGAGCAGCAGCGGCAGCAACAACAACAGCAGCAGCAGCAGCAGCAGCAGCAACAGCAAAGGUACGAUCAGUAUGAGCGGCCAGAACCGUACCAGCAGCAGCAGGUCUACCGGCAGCAACAGGCUCAAGGGCAGUUGCAGAUGGAACAGCAGGAGGUGCAGCAGCAGCAGCAGCAGCAGCAGCAGCAGCAGCAGCAGCAGCAGCAACAACUAGAUCAGCCGUAUUUCCUUGACUUCUUGGAACAGCAGCAGCCGCAGCAGCAACAGACACGAGAGCAGUUGCAAAUGGAACAGCAGCAAGAACAGCAGCAGCAACAAGAGCAGCUUGAUCAGCCGUCUUUCCUCGAGUUCCUGCAGCAGCAGCAGCAGCAGCAGCAGCAGCAGCAGCAGCAGCAGCAGCAGCAGCAGCAGCAGCCACAGGAGCAGCAGCCACAGCAGCAUCCACAGGAGCAGCCACAGGAGGCACAGCAACGUUCAUACUACAACCAGCAGCAGGUGCAGGAGCAGCAGCGACAGCCGGGAGAACAGGAACAGCAUCAGCAGCAGGAGGUGCAGCAAUGUUCACUCUACAACCAGCGGCAAGAGCAGCAGCAGCAGCAGCAGCAGCACGAAGAGGAAGUGGUGGAGUUGGAAGAGGAGGAAGAGGAGGAGGAAGAGUAUGAGGAAGAGGAGCAGCAGCACGAGCUGCAAGGGUUUGCCAGCGAGGGAUGUCUUAGCUCGGCAGUAACAGGCUUGGAGCUUGUAGGUUCGGCAGUCGCAGGCUUGGCAGCGGACGGAGCAGACGCUUUUGAUCUGGACGUUGUUGAAGUGGCUCGGGUGGGGGUGGAGGGAACGGAGGAGGAGAAUGGGGAGAGGCAGAGAAAGGAGAGAGGGGAUGGGCUGGAAGUAGAUGGGGAGGCUGGUGGGGUGUUUGGUGGAAGAGAGAGCAGAAAGAGACGGCUGGUGGACUUACACUUGACGGAAGGAGAGGAGGGAGUUGAGGUCGAUGAAAGGGAGGAGGAGGACGAGGAGGGUGAGGAGGAGGAAGGGAGGGAGGGAGGGUUGGAAAAGAGGAAAAAGGGAGGGAAAACUAAGGAGCGAGAAGGUGAAGGAGAGGGGGGAAUAGAAGGCGAUGCAGUGAAUGGGAGAAACAAUGCCGCCCUGCUUCGCCCAUCCAUCCCCACGACUCCCUCGCCUCUCCUCUGCUCGGAAUCCGAAUUCCAACAUCUCUUAACCUGCAUCAAGAACGCUCCUAACGAGGAUGCCAUUUCCCUCGUGCUCCUGCUCCUACUGGAAGAGCAGCGCACUGCCAACGAAACCUCCUGCUUCCUGCAGCGCCUAAGAGUGGUUCGCUCGGAGUACCUGCUCCGCCACCACUCCCUCGUUCGCUCCAUCGAGCUCAACCUCCUCCGAGACAUCGCUCACAACGACGCCGUCCAUCAGCGCGAGAUCCAACGGCUGAGACGCGUCUGCAUGGCCGGCAUGUCUGCUGGCGCCACGCUUUCGCAGCAUCAGCCGGGCAGCACCCGGGCAGCUGAAAUUUCUUCCAAGUUCCUGAAGCUGUGCGGGGUGGAUGGUGCUUCUUCUGUGGUACAGCAGCUGGGGAACGGGCAGCUGAUUGGGACUCUCUACACAACACACCUGUGUAUCAACACGCCGCGGUCCAACAUGGUAAAAUACCACAACAGGCAGCUCACUGAGCGUCUUGCUCGGGAAUCUUACUCCCUUUCCACGCAAGCGGUCGUCGAUGCUAACGGGCAGUUUAUCGAUCUUUGCAUCGGGCUGCCCGGCGCGCUUUCUGACGAGCAGGUGUUGCAGCAGUCAACCCUCCACCAGAAAGGACAAGCUGGAGAGCUCAAGGGAGCGAAGGUGAUCGGGUUAUGGUCGUACCCGCUUCUGGAUUGGCUGCUGGUUCCCUACACCCAAUCAGAGAGCGCCACGUGGUACCAGACGACGUUCAAUGAGUGCAUAGAGAAGGGGACUGCGGUGGGGAAGGACGCUAUUGGCCGGCUGAAGGGACGGUGGCGGAUCCUGCUGAGGCGGGCUGAGGGGAAGCUGCAUGAGCUGCCGCGGUUGGUGGGGGCGUGCUGUGCGCUGCACAACUUUUUGGAGCAGAAGGGAGAGGCGUUUGACCCUGACUGGGCGUAUGAAGCAUUUGAUGACUUUGUGCCCGCCAAGAGAGCCGAUGAGGAGUCCCCUGCUGCCGUGGCGGAGAGGGAUGCGCUGGCCCAGGGUAUGUUCCAGGCUGUGCACGGGUGGGAGGGGGGAAAUUAA